AUGAUCACGAGAGGAUUGGAGAACAGAUCACAGUACUGUUUUCCAAGGAUGCGUCCCAGUGGCUACCUUGAUGUCUUAGGAUCCCUUGCAAAUGCUCACUCUUCUCAGCCAAAAGAAAGCUCGCUGGAGCUUGAAUCAGAACCAUGUGCAGUUAUCAAAACUGCAGGCAUGUCCGAAGAGAUGCAACAGGAUUCAGGGGAGUGCACUACUACAGUGUUGGAGAAAUAUAACCUAGAGAAGCAUAUUGUGGCUCACAUCAAUAAGGAGUUUGACAAGAAGUACCCCACUUGGCACUGCAUUGUGGGGAGAAAGUUUGGUAGUUAUGUGACACAUGAAACAAAACACUUCAUCUACUUUUGCCUGGGCCAGGUGGCCAUUCUUCUGUUCAAAUCUGGUUAAAAGCAUGGACUCAGCCACAAACCCAAUGAUCCACCCAAAAACAAGAACUGCAGCCCAAAUUCCAAA